CUCAAAAGCCUAACCCUAUCAAGGCCAUAAAAGCGGAGGUCAAGCACAGUGAGGAGUGAGGAAAACAAGGCAAAAGUGGCAAGUCCUUUUCAUCUCUAGCUAGCUUUGUUACUCUCAUUAUGGCUUCUCCCCUUUCUCUUUCACUACUUUGCCAUCACCCCAUCUUCUUCUUCUGCUACUCUUUGUUGUUUUCCACAUUGCUAUUGGCUUCCUUUCCACACGCGGUUGCUUCCCAAUGCAAGAACCAGCCCAUCAUCUUCAACUUCGGUGAUUCCAACUCAGACACCGGUGGACUUGCUUCUGGUCUUGGUUUCCCUAUCAAUCUUCCCAAUGGCCGUUCCUUUUUCCGUAGACCAACGGGAAGAUUGUCUGACGGACGCCUCCUCAUUGACUUCCUCUGCCAAAGUUUGAAUGCAAGUUAUCUAAGCCCGUACCUGGACUCUUUGGGCGGGUCCAAGUUCACAAAUGGAGCAAACUUUGCAGUCGUGGGCUCUUCUACCCUGCCAAAAUAUGUCCCUUUUUCUUUGAACAUUCAGGUCAUGCAGUUUCUUCACUUCAAGGCCCGCUCCCUUGAGCUUGUCAAUGCUGGUUCAAGAAAUUUGAUCAAUGAGGAAGGAUUCCGGAAUGCACUUUACAUCAUUGAUAUCGGCCAAAAUGACAUUGCUGACUCGUUUGACAAAAACUUAUCAUACGUGCAAGUAACCAAAAGAAUUCCGUCCAUCAUUACGGAAAUAAAGAAUGCUGUAAAGACGUUAUAUAAUCAGGGGGGAAGGAAGUUCUGGAUACACAACACAGGACCAUUGGGCUGUCUCCCUCAGAAACUUUGGUUAGUUCAAAAGAAAGAUUUGGAUCCACAUGGUUGUCUUUCCAGUUAUAAUUCUGCAGCGCUAUUAUUCAAUGAAGUGCUGCGCCGUUUGUGCCAAGAGCUGAGGUCUGAGCUGGCAGAUUCUACUAUAGUCUAUGUAGACAUAUAUGCCAUCAAGUAUGACCUCAUUGCCAACUCCAGUAAAUAUGGUUUCUCAAGUCCAUUGAUGGCAUGUUGUGGCUCUGGAGGACCUCCAUACAAUUACAACAUCAGAGUGACCUGCGGUCAGCCUGGCUACCAGGUUUGCAAUGAAGGAUCUCGGUUCCUAAACUGGGAUGGGAUCCAUUACACUGAAGCAGCUAACUCCAUUAUAGCAUCAAGAGUACUUUCCACAGCUUAUUCUUCACCACGCACCACCUUCGAUUUCUUUUGCCGCAGUUGAUCAUGCAUACAUAGACAACAUAUCUGCGCAAGCAGUUCAUGUAACUCCGAGGUUUUUUUCAUUCGCUUUCUCUUGUAAUAAUGCUUUCUAAAUGCAUGAUCAUCUUUGUUCAAGUGAUGUCUUUGUCUAAGAACACUGCAAUACGUGCACAUGUUCCUGUCCUUGGCUACUUGAGAAAUCUCAACUAGUUUGAUGGGUUCAUUUAGAUUUUGUCUUUAAAAGAA